AUGUCAAGAAGAGCAAAAGAAAAUACUUUAAAGAGAACAAACUCUAGUGAGACAUUAAAGGUUGUGUUUAAGCGUGUCGAUGAGGAUAAAUUAGAUCCAAAAAGCCCUGGAAAAUGGAGUGUAAGAUUAAAUAAAAUAAAUGAGGAUGAUACAAAAUUAUUAAACUCAAUUGAAAACAUCCAGACAUCCGAUAUUAAUCAAGAAACUCCAAAGAAGAGAUCAGAAUCGACAUAUACACCGAGAAGAUCAAGAAUACUCAAUAAAAUUGAUGAGGAACAGAAUAGUGAAGUUUCACCAUCAAAACGAACAAGAAGAACAUCAAUUUUAGUGAUUGAAAAUAAUGCAGAUCCAUGCACACCGACGAUAAAAGGAAUUCCAGCAAGAAGAAAAAGUAUAUUAAAAACACCGACUGUCCAAAAGACUAAUACACCAAGACGUAGCAUUCAGUUUAGAGAAAAUGUUGAGGAAUGUGGAUAUGUCAAGAAAAGUGCAAAAGAUAAACUAGCAAUUGAUGACGAAGAAGAUACAUCAGAUAUUGCUUUGACAAGAAAGAGACUUCACGUAGCAGCAGUUCCAAAUAGCUUACCAUGUCGCGAGAAAGAAUACAUGGAAAUUUACUCAUUUUUAGAAGCAAGCUUAACUGACAAGAUCGGUGGGUGUAUUUAUGUCAGCGGAGUUCCAGGAACUGGCAAAACAGCCACAACGACCGCAGUCAUUCGAGCAUUAAAAGCUGAAUCGGAAAAAGGAAGAAUUAACAAGUUUGACUUCGUAGAGAUUAAUGGCAUGAGAACAACAGAACCGAGAAAGGCAUAUGUUGAGAUUCAUCGUCAGUUAACAGGAAAAACAGUAACAGCAGAACAAGCAUACAAUUUGCUGGAUAAACGCUUCUCAACACAAACAAACAGACGCGGUAAUAAUCUCACAAUUUUGUUAGUCGACGAAUUGGACAUUUUGUGUAAUAAGAGACAAGAUGUUGUAUACAAUUUACUCAAUUGGCCUAAUAUGAGUUCCUCUCACCUCAUUGUUGUGACAAUUGCAAACACAAUGGACUUGCCCGAAAGAAUAUUAAUGGGAAAAGUCACUUCUCGUCUCGGUCUUACUAGAUUAACAUUUCAGCCUUAUUCUCACAAGCAGCUACAAGAAAUUGUUCUUUCACGUUUAAGUGGCUUAGAUUGCUUUAAUAAUGAUGCUAUUCAAUUAGUUGCUCGUAAAGUGGCUGCAUUAUCAGGAGAUGCUAGACGUGCGCUUGAUAUUUGUCGUAGAUCGUCAGAAAUAGCUGAGACAGAAGCAAAGGAAGAGAAUAAGAAGGCAAUGGUUUCAAUGUUACAUGUUCAGAAAGCAUUGAAUGAAAUGAUAUCAUGUACGAAAGUUAAGGCUGUUAAAGCGUGCUCUAAAUUUGAAAAAUAUUUUCUGCAAGCAGUUUGUAUGGAAGUCGAACGAACAGGCAUAGAAGAAGUUACUUUUUAUGGAGUGUACAGGCAAAUGAAAACAGUUACAGCAUUGCAUGGCUUUCCGCUUCCAACGACUGAAAAAGCACUCGGUAUCUCGACUCGAUUGGGAGCAUCUCGUUUAAUAAUAUCAGAACAUGCGCGUAAAGAUGUCCAUCAGAAAAUAUUACUUAAUAUAAGUGCCGAUGAUUUUUAUUAUGCAACACAAGUAAACACUGAAGAAUGA